UGAAACAUAGCAAUGGCAUCAAUUGCUGUGUAUUACUGCUUAUUUCUUCUGUUUUGCUUUGGUGUGCUAGAGGGGUAUAGUGCUUGCGAUCAUAUAAACUAUACCACGAUCAAUAACAUUCGUCGCAGUACAGCGUACAAUGCUACGGCUGGAUUGUGUGAUCGUGGUUUUAUCAAAGAUGGAUCGUGGUACCGAUUUCAGAGUGACGCCGGUGACAAAAUGCCCGAGUUUAAUCCAGGGAUUAAGAGUUGCGGAACAUUCGUCCCCAUUUGGCUGAAAGGAAAUCAUCCAUCUACAGUUGGCGUCGAGGUUGACAGGAUGGCGUGUGCGCCACUUCCACAUGCCUAUCCAUUCGACUGUGGCCUCAAAUAUGAUAUUAAAGUGAUAAACUGCGGACGUUUCUUUUUGUAUCAACUAAAGGAACCUUCAACUUGUAACAUUGCUUACUGUGCAGGUACAAAGCUGGGAAAAGGUUGUUCUAUCGACGGUUCGUCAAUUCCUGUUUGCUCUGGUGUUGUUCCUAGUAUAAUGAGGCCAAAAGUACGCCCGAAAGAUGAAGAUAGAGUUUAUGUGGCAUUACAAUGUUUCUGGGACUACUUUGAUGAUGCUUCUCAUGUUGAAUUUCAUGUCAAGUGGUUCAAAGACUCUAACGAAACCACAUACGCAAUGCAACAUACGUUUAACGGGACUGCAAAUCAAACGUGUCACGAAAAUCUUUACGAAAAACAAAUUUUUGUAAAUAGAGUGACUGGGAAAAUAGAAAGGGAUGAACGUGGUUAUGAAUGGAACAAAAGGGUAUAUUGUAAAGUUCGAGGGAGGUUUCAUGGUGGAGGUUGGUCACAAUGGAAAUCAAGUGGAACAAUUUUUACCGGUAUUGAGGUGCAUCCCAGGACAAUUUAUCUCGAUGAAUGUGAGACAAAUAGAGAAAUAUUUGUGAGUUUAAGACCUGUUCUUCCUAUCCGUAAAACAUCCUACAAAUUCGAAAUCGGAUACGAAGAAGAACACCAAAACACUUUAGCGAAAAUAUGCAUAAGGGGAAGAAUAUCUAGCGACAGAUGCUUAUCAGAACUUACAGAAAGGCACAAUUUCUAUCAUCCUCUGUGGAUCAGAAUAACUGCCGUAUGCCCUUCAAUAGAAACUGGAGAAAGUCUUAAAGAAGUGAAAGUCAGAUUUCAUAACCAGAAAGCAGACUUGACAAAUAACCUAUUCUGGUACAAUUACGAUUUCCUUCCAAUAAAGGUAACAAUGGCCUCAAGAAAGACAAAGCUUUGUAAAUCUUUAACGGAUCCUAAUAUUGAAACAUUUGACGGAAGCUUGACGAUAUGGAUGAAUGUGAAUGCUUAGCAGAAUUUCGAUUUGAAAAAGAGCAUAU